GUCCCCCAGGUUCCCCCCCCCGGCUCCACGUCGCUCUCCCGGGCCCUCGGCAUGCGGAGAGGAGCUGCAGCUCCUCUAGGCGGCCUCACCAUGUUCAGCAAGAAGAAGAAGCGCAUCGAGAUCUCGGCUCCCUCCAACUUCGAGCACCGCGUCCACACGGGCUACGACCAGCAGGAGCAGAAGUUCACGGGGCUGCCGCGCCAAUGGCAGGGCAUCAUCGAGGAGUCGGCCAAGCGGCCCAAGCCGCUGGUGGACCCCGUCUGCAUCACCGCCAUCCAGCACGGCUCGCAGAAGACCAUCGUGCGGGGCACCAAAGCCGCCAAGGACGGCUCCCUGACCUGGCUGCUGGACGAGUUUGAGCACAUGUCCGUGUCCCGUUCCAAUUCUCUGCGCAGGGACAGCCCCCCCUUCCCGCCCCGCCGCGACCAGCUCUACCAGGAGAACGGCCUCUCCGAGGGCCCGGCCGCCGCCCGCCCGCACCAGGACGCCGGCCGGAGCAAGGACAAGAAGCUCCACGGGGCCCGCGGCGAGCUAGAGCAGGGCAAGGACAGACCCCGGGACGGGGAGGAGCAGCAGCGCGCCCACCCGCAGCAGCCCCGCGGCCAGGAGCCCGGCCCCAAGGGCGCCGGCGCCCGCCCGCCCCCUCCCGAGUACCCCAAGCCCCCCGAGCGGGACGGCCCCGCCGACAGGGACUGCGGCCAGCCGGCCGAGCGCGUGGUGCGGCGGGAGCGCGCCGAGCCCUCCGACAGGCGCCCCAAGUCCACCUACGGCGGCGACGCCAGCCCGCAGUCCCCCCGCGACAAGCGCCCGCUCUCGGGGCCCAAUAUCCGGACUCCCAACAUCCCCGUGUCUGAAGGGGUGAUGAAGACGGCUCAGCAGACGGGACGGCCUUUUAAUACCUACCCGCGGGCCGAGACCGACCCCGGCCGGGGCGCAGGUUCACAGGCAGAGCACCGGCCGGGACGACCGCAGGAGCUGGCGUCCAACGGGCCGGUGAGCGGCACCGCCGGCUCCUCCCGCGCCCACCCGCCCGGCCCGCCGCGCUCCAAAGGCCCCGAGCCCCCCGCCGGCCUCACCCCGCACGCCUCCGACCCCCACCUGGCUCGCCAGCCCCCGCCCGGCCCCCCGCUGCCCGCCGCCGCCCCGCAGCAGCCCCGCUCGCCCCAGCGGGAGCCCCAACGCGUCUCCCACGAGCAGUUCCGGGCGGCCCUGCAGAUGGUGGUGGACCCCGGCGACCCCCGCACCUACCUGGACAACUUCAUCAAGAUCGGCGAGGGCUCCACCGGCAUCGUCUGCAUCGCCACCAUCAAGAGCAGCGGCAAGCUGGUGGCCGUGAAGAAGAUGGACCUGCGCAAGCAGCAGCGGCGCGAGCUGCUCUUUAACGAGGUGGUGAUCAUGCGGGACUACCAGCACGAGAACGUGGUGGAGAUGUACAACAGCUACCUGGUGGGCGACGAGCUCUGGGUGGUGAUGGAGUUCCUGGAGGGCGGCGCGCUCACCGACAUCGUCACGCACACCAGGAUGAACGAGGAGCAGAUCGCCGCCGUCUGCUUGGCCGUGCUCAAGGCCCUGUCCGUCCUCCACGCGCAGGGCGUCAUCCACCGCGACAUCAAGAGCGACUCCAUUCUGCUGACGCACGACGGGAGGGUGAAACUCUCCGAUUUUGGGUUUUGCGCCCAAGUGAACAAGGAGGUGCCGCGGCGCAAGUCGCUGGUGGGGACCCCGUACUGGAUGGCGCCGGAGCUCAUCUCCCGCUUGCCCUACGGCCCCGAGGUGGACAUCUGGUCCCUGGGCGUGAUGGUCAUCGAGAUGGUCGACGGGGAGCCGCCGUAUUUUAACGAGCCGCCCUUAAAGGCCAUGAAGAUGAUCCGAGACAACCUGCCCCCCAAGCUCAAAAACAUGCACAAGGUAAAGGGGGGGCAGCCGGGACGGGGAC